ACAGGGAGUUGGGGGGUGGGGCGAAGCGGAGCGGAGGCGUGCCUGCGGUUGCGCGGGACUUUGGGGAGGAGGGGAGCUCGUCUGGGUCUGAGAGCGGGGUCUGGUUGGGGGGUAGGGAGACUUCGGAAAGAGUUCCGGGCUGAUGAAGGUUGAGUGGAAAGAGAAAGCCUUGGAAUGAAGUCGGAGAACAGUGGGCCGCAGAGAGCCUGGCGCUGAGUUGGAGCAGGAAGUGGGGACUGAGGGAGGAGAGCUUUAGCCAUUGAAAAGUUCAGUAUCAGGAAGUGAUCCAGGCGCGGGAUUCCCGUAGUUCAUAAGCCCUAGCAGCAGCUCCACUACUGUGAAACUGGGUACACUGAGUGUGCCUCAGCUGCUACUGCUAGACAAUUCAUUAGGUAGGGGAUCCUGCAGUAUCUGAAGGACAAAGAUGAAGGUGAUUGGGAGUAAGGGCAAAAACUUUCCCAUCUUCCGCCAUUCAUCAUGUCAGCUGAAUUGCCUGAGGUUCCUGAGAACUUUGAGCCAACAGCAGUGGCCAGAGCCGAUGCUGUGCGUUCAAGACUCAUUGACACUUUUUCUCUCAUCGAUCAUUUGCGGGGCUUGAGCCAAGCUGUGCCACGGCAUAACCUUCGAGAAUUCCUUGAUCCUGCCCGCCAAAGAAAAUUGAUGCUAGGAGAUCACCAUCAACUGGUCCGCUUCAGUAUCAGGCCUGCUUAUCACCGAAUCCCUUUUGCUCAGAGGCAGCAGUGUCGACUCAGGGUGUGUUGUAAUCCAUGGGCACCCAUUUCUCUUUGGGCUGGCUGGGUCCUUAGAAAACGGAUCUUCAUAAACUUUGUCAAUUGCCUCAUCUUUUUGAAUACCAUUUUUCUCAUGAUUGAAAUAGAGUUAGUGAAUACUACAGAUGUCAGAAUGUUGCCAAUAAUGAUGGCUCUAGAGGUGGGAUCUUGGUUCAUCUUGUUUGUCUUCAUACUGGAGAUUCUUCUCUUCUGGUUGUACAAUUUCUUCCUCUUCUGGAAAAGUGCUUGGAAUCUCUUUGACUUUUUUGUCACCACACUGUCUUUGCUUCCUGAGAUAGUGGUGCUAAUAGGGGUCACAGGUGAAUCAGUGUGGCUGCAGUUGCUACGUAUCUGCCGGGUGUUGAGGUCACUCAAACUCUUUGCACGGUUCCGCCAAAUCCGAGUCAUCAUCCUGGCCCUUGUCAGGGCUCUUAAGACCAUGACCUUCCUCCUGGUGCUGUUACUUAUUUUCUUCUACAUUUUCGCUCUGGCUGGUAUCUACUUCUUUGAGAGUUACAGCCGUUCAGACAUCCAGGACUUGGAAUACCAGAUGUACUUCAUGAAUAUGCCCAACUCCCUGGUGACAGUGUUCAUCCUCUUCACCCUGGAUCACUGGUAUGCACUGCUUCAGGAUGCCUGGAGAGUUCCUGCCCUGAGUAAAGCAUUCAGUAGUUUAUACGUUAUCCUCUGGCUGUUGCUUGGCUCCAUCAUCUUCCGCAACAUCAUAGUAGCUAUGAUGGUUACUAAUUUCCAGGCAAUCAGGAAUGAGCUCAGUGAGGAGGCAACACAUUCAGAGAUGCAGCACAAAGCCAGCAUAUUCAAGCGCCAAAUCAUCAAAAGGAGACUUAACCAAAAAGAUGGAGAAAAAGCCAAGAUCAGAAGUUCUAGUGGCCACAUCGCCCCCCAGACUUCUCAUCAUUCAGCAUCAUUGUUAACGGGUGAAAUGUCUCAAACUGAAAACUUAACGAAGACAUCUGUCCCAAAAGACUUCACAGCUCCGCAAGAAUACCUAUUGGUCUCUGAUAGCCUAGUGGACUGGGAGACCCAUGUGCACCAGAAUCUCCAUGGGCUGAUGGAAAUGGACCAGGAUGAGCAGGUGGUUUGGCCCCGAGACUCACUCUUUCGAUACUUUGAAUUGCUAGAAAAGCUUCAAUACAACAUAGAAGAACGCAAACAGCUACAAGAAUUUGCAGUUAAGGCAUUGAUAAACUUGAAGGACAACUGAAGAACAACCACUGAUAGCUGCAAUGAUGUCAUAGACCAGAAGAAAGAUGGAGAAAGCAUUAGUUGGAAGGGGAGAGUGCCAGACAAAAGAUGUUUGAAUAAAUGUAUCUGAAAGUUC